UAUAUGCUAUAUUAAUACAGGCGGAGCUGGCCGGAUGAGUAGAUAUUUGUAAUAUAUACGCUGUAUAGUAUACGGGCUAGUAUAAACACGACUGGGGGAUCGCACACUAUAGCCACCGCGAAUCGUCUGCUCUCGAUUCUCAUGUACUCUCAGGAUUAAGUAUUAAAACAGACGAUAAAUGCCAGGGCUUUUUACCUCGUCAGCUGUCUCGUGUUGUGGAGCGUCAAUGGAUUAUCACCGCCACGAUUUACCAUGUAGAGAUGUUAUCUGUAUCUUUAUGAUAUGAUAGUAUGACAACAGUAAAUGCUGUCACCUUUCAAUCAUAAGAAUCCUCGGCGUUAUAAUAGUAUUAACUUUACUAUAAGGAAGACAUAUUAAAGCGUGUAUCAUGAUAGAAUCAAUUAAGAAUGAAUCGGUUUAAUAAGGAAUAGCCAUGUUCUGGACAGUGUGAGGUGGAUUUUAUAAAUGUAUUUUGAAAUAUGUACGGGUGAUUCUGUGAAGUUACGUAGAGUUUGAUGAUCUGUUGUGUGUGCGGGCCCCCUUCUGUCUCAACCAUGUCCUUAAUGCUGCGAUGUGGAUUUACUACAGCAUUGUGGAGUUUAGUGAUUGUCUCAAUUUGUCAAAGUGUUCCUGCGCCGGACUCUGGUCUUUCUGUGUCAGAGAUUCAGGAAACAGGCAAGGUACUGUUCAGGUCUUUACGGAACACGGAAUGUAGUAUAGACUGUGAAGGCAAGGGACGGCGACCGGUGUGUGGUUCUGAUGGAGUGACGUAUGCUUCACGAUGUGACCUUAAGCGCGCCAAACAAUGUGAAAACAGACGGGUCAAGGUCAAAAGUAAAGGGGUAUGUUCAGGAUUGGCAGCUAUGCCAAAAACUAAAUGUAUACAGGAAAGGGAAGAGGCGCAAGUUAUAGCCAGAAAACCAACGCUUGGGAUCUUCAUACCCGAAUGUGAACAAGACGGUUCGUACACUGAGAUCCAGUGCCACGCCGCCACUGGGUACUGUUGGUGUGUCACCAACGACGGAAAACCUAUUAAGGGUACAUCAAUUAGCGGCAAGAGCGCUCCCUGUAAACGUAAGUCAACUAGAGGAAAAAGAAGGCGACCACAGAAAUCUGAAAAACACAAACGUCGAACGGAUAGAAGACGGAUAUCGCCACGACGAAAGAAAAGAGCCUGUAAAUCUACCGAUAGAAUAGAGUUCAAUCAGAACUUAGUAGCCGCCUUUACACAGGAAUACCAACGAUUUGAAACUUUAGGACAACCAGGAGGUUUACCUGGAAAUCCUUUGCUAAGUUCAACAGAAAAACGGGUUGUUGAUUGGAAAUUCUCCCAAUUGGAUAGAAACAAUGACAACAAACUUAGAAGACGGGAGGUGCGAUCCUUAAAACGAAUGGUUAAAAAAGUUAUAAAACCACGUGCAUGUGCAAGAAACUUUGCAAAAUAUUGUGAUUUAGACCAAAAUAAGCGAAUAGAACGGAAGGAGUGGUCUAUUUGUCUUGGAGUCGAUAUCAAAAGUAACCAAAGUGUCACGGAAAUAGCGAAACACGGAGACACCAUUUCUUUUCGUGUGUUUCUAUCUCUGAACUCAGAAGAAGAUCAGUCUCCUCAGCUGACACCAGAGCCCCAAACCAUCGAAGAGCCUGAACUUAUAAUAGACUUCCCUCCACGACUUAACCGGUGGUCUACAUCCGGGCUCAAUCCCCGCCGUACCAAUACCCCAGCGCCUCCCAUUGACACGGAAGACACGAGGAGAAGUUGCCGGGAUGAACAGUCUGCGGCUAUGCGACCACAUGAACAGGACCCGGAUGGAGGAAUCUUUAUCCCGGUGUGUACUGACGAAGGGAAGUGGAACCGAGCGCAGUGCCACAAGUCGUCCCAAUACUGCUGGUGUGUAGACGAGAAGACCGGCUCGCCCAUCCCCGGCACGUCCACUCACAAGAUACAACCCCCAUGUGUCAUGGAAUCCGCGAGAGAAAUGAAAGGGUGCCCACUGCCAAAGAAACGACGGUUUUUGAAUUUCCUCCUAGAACAGCUUGCUCAAGACAUGGAUAUAUACGUUUAUAAUGGAACUGAUCCAAGCAAAAGGCCAGAGUACGACCCAGAACUGACAGUGCAGGAAAAGGCCGCCAAGUGGAAGUUCAAAUGUUUAGACGCUAAUGCAAACAACAUGUUGGAGCGUAAAGAGUUAAAACAGUUUCGACAGGAAAUACCUAAACGGAAGGAUACGAGAAAAUGUAGUCGGAACUUCAUUCGCUAUUGUGAUGCUGACAGUAACAGAAAAAUAACCUUAGAUGAAUGGAUAGAUUGCAUGGGUUUAAAAGAUAAUACCAGUUUUCUGCCACAGAAUCCAAACCGGAAAGGGCCUAAUCCAUUCAGCCAUUAUCUGAAACCAAGUUAGCAAAGUAGAUAAACUUCAGUGUGUCGUCAACGCCUAUUAGUUGUACACGUGACCAGUGUGUACCUUAAAAUGUUUAGAAAAUACUAAAGGAAAAACCUGAUUAUUAGGGAAAAAACAUGUUACCUUACAGUGUGCUGUAUGUUGGCGGUCGUUACUGUUGUUCUGUAUCCUCCUGGAAACUGGAAAGCAACAAACGCGUGUCAAUAAUCGGUAUUGUCAGCGCUUAAAGUGUGUGUAUACUGUCAUGUGUUUACAGUGUAAAUAGUGUCAGUGUUGUUAGUGUAAAUACUGGCAGUGUAAAAGUGUGAAGAGGCUGUAGGUAUUCAGAGUGUAAACACUGUUCAAUGAUAACAGUGUAAAUACUGCCAUGUGUUAACAGUGUAAAUAAUCACGUGUAAAAGUGUACAUACAGUCACGUGCUAACAGUUUAGGUAUUGUCACGUGUCGUUAAAAGUGUAAAUACUGUCAGUGGUCAGCACUAUCUGAACACGAUAUGUAUGGUUCCAACUGUCGUCACACAUACAGGCGAUGAUGAAAACCCACGUAAGGAUGUGUUAGCUACAGUUAAGGACUUGUUGGCUACAUGUGUUGUCUCAAAGAACUAAGGCACAUUUAAGCUACACGGGAGCGUUCUUAAGCUAAGUUUAUUUACUUGUCAAUAACACGAAAGGACAAAAUAGCUACACGUGAGGCCGUAAUAAUUACACGUGAGGCCGUACUAGUUACACGUGAGGCCGUACUAGUUACACGUGAGGAUUUGUUAGUUACACGUGAUAUGAAGUUUUGCUAGUUACACAGGAGUACUUAUUUUGUAAUCGUGGUGUAAAGAAUUGUCAACUUCAUGCGAUGAAUUGUCACGCGUGAAGACGUGUUACCAGCGAGGUACUUUACGUUAAGGCCGUACUGCCGGACAAUAAAACACAAGGUGGAAAGAAGUGAAAUCUGAAUUUCGACAAGUGAGAAAAGAUUUGAUGGAGAGUUGGAGAAAACAAGCUUUCUGAAGGAACUUGACGGUGAAUAAAUACACGCUUGGAGUUACAACA